AUGGAACGAUCACCAGAUGAAACUGGAGGGAGCCGCCGGAAUGAUAACGACGAACGUCGGGGAAAUGGUGGACGCGAUCGAAAGCAACGAGAGCGUGGUAGAAGUUAUAGUGAAUCUCAGGAUCAAGUUACAGACGACAGUCCCGAAAAAAAGCUGUCGACUCUUUUAGUUAUUCUGGGUGAUAAGAUGACACCCCAGGAAAUACAUAAGAAUAUUGAAAAAAUUGCUGAUAUUGUUCAAACUGAAUAUUCUAAAUAUGAACCUCUUGUAUUGAAGACAAUAAAAAAUUGCUUCAUGGAAUUACCAAUGAAAACGUUUAUAUACGGUACCCUCGUUGGUCUUGUGAACGUCAAACGACCUGAUAUCGGUUCUGCAAUAGUAAAAAUGACAGCACAAACGUUACAGCAAUGUUUGAAUGAGGGAAAUUGGCGUGGGGCAAAAUUCGCUUUAAAAUUCUUUGCAGAAUUGACAAACGCUAACGUCAUAUUACCAAGAACCAUGCUAGACAUAUAUGAUGAUCUGUUAACUACGCUUGAUGAACCAAAUGUUAAAUUGUAUCGUGCCGAUACGAUAGUAUACAUUGUUUUAUCUACGUUACCUUUUGUAGCAUUGCAGCUUCGUGAAAGAAGUCUAGAAGUAUUGGACAGCAUACUAUCGAAAAUUGAACGAUAUUUCGAAUCUAGAGAACGAGCUAUUGCGGAAAUUGGUGGAUCUGUUGUUCUUCACUCCGUCACUCCGUAUAUAGGAUCUAAUUUACCAUAUGAUCAAGCCGAUACUCUAGAUAUCUUGUGGUCUCAGAUUCAAAACCUAAGGCGUGAAGGUUGGGAGUGCAAAAUUCUUUUAAAACCUUGGUCAGAUUAUGAUAGUAUUUUAGUAACAUCAGACCAGCACGAAGUAGAUAAAUUCAUAGUUAAAGAACACUCACACAAACUAUGCAAUUCUUUACCGGUUCCUUUGUUUCGAGUUUUUGUCGGUUUGGAAGAUGAGACGAUAGUUGACUCUCAUAAAACGACAGACAUUUCAUAUUUUCUUAUUCGUGAUAUUAUUGAUGAUAUUAUUGAGAUUUAUGAGAUAAAUCGUAAAGAAUGCACAAAGUAUCUAAAGGAUCUACCGUACAAUUUUUCAUCUGGCACAUUUGUUGAAAAAGAUACUACCACGUCUAUAACAAAUUCUGAAGUAAAAGUGAAAGAUGAACCCGAUAUAAAAAUUGAGCCAGAUAUGGACACAUUUUCCAAUAAUUGGAGAAUUGAUAAUUCUAAAGAAGCUAAUGCAGGUUCAAUUUCGAACCAAGGUAUUGUGAGUUUUAAACUUGAACAGAUUAUAGUUGAGGAAAUAUUUAGUCAUAUUUUUCGCCUGCCACAACCCAGAUUUAAGCCCAUAUUUUAUCACUCGCUUUUGACUGAAAUAUGCAAGAGUAUGCAUGAGUCAUUUCCGCCUAUCAUAUCCUUUGCUAUACUUUAUGUUUUUAUGUCCAUAGGAAUUUUAUUUGAUCGUCUUGGUAUUAUGGAUGUUGAAUGCUGCUACCGAUUUUGGAAUUGGUUUGCACAUCAUCUCAGUAACUUUGGCUUCGUGUGGAACUGGAAAGAUUGGGAGUCAACUUUACAAUUGGACCCAUUGCAUCCAAAAGUAUGUUUCAUACGAGAGACUUUAGAAAAGACAAUACGUUAUAGUUAUUAUGAUCGGAUUAGGUCUACAAUACCAGAAGAAUUUUUUGUUUUAUUUCCGGCAGCUGAACCAUCUACGAAUUUUCGUUACGAAGAUCCUGACCACCAUCUAAAUAAUUCUGCUACAAGUUUGAUAAGUAAACUUCGAAACAAAUGCCCUAAUAGUGAGAUACAAGCACAUUUGGAUGAGGUAGGCAAGAGUUUUCCUGACCUGCCUGCAAAAGAAAAAGAACAAACAAUUCGUGAUUUGUUUGUACAAUGUGUGCUGAUGCUAGGCAGUAAGAGUUUUAGUCAUGUGUUGAAUGUAAUCGAGAGGUAUUUACUGGUUCUGCAGUCUCUGAAUGAGACACCUGAGGCAAGAUUGCACACCGUAAAAAUCGUCGCAGAGUUUUGGAUGAAUAACACACAAUUCUUAGGCAUAUUACUUGAUAAAUUAUUAAAUUAUCGUGUAAUUGAUGCUAUUUCUGUAAUAUCAUGGCUGUUCACUGAAGAGAUGGAGAAAGACAUUGCAAAAUCAUACGUAUGGGAAAUUAUGAAAAACACCAUUAACAAGGUUAUAUCACGUGUAAAACAAGUAGCCAGUAAAAGGGAAAUGGUAUUAAAUCCACAAUCAGAGGUUGGAGGUCAAGGGAUAGAUAUUACAUCUGAAGAGGAUAAAAAGAUCAAUUCUCAAGAGUUGCAUACAGUUGAAAAUACAUUGAAUGCAGUCACUAGAGAACAGAAGGAAGUUUUAUUAAAGAUUGCUCAAAUGUUUGUUAGCUUGCUCGAUAGUAGGUUGAAAACCUAUGAAAGUCAGGGAAUUACGGACCCUAUGUCACAAUUAUGGUUCUGGUGGGCAUAUGGAUUUUUCAAAGAGAUUACAAGGACGUAUCAACCGCAGAUAUCGACAUUUUUUGUAACUAUGGAGACGAUAGUUGUUACUCCGGACCUCAAUCCACGCAUUUUGAACGUGAUUGGGAUG